AUGCGAGUUAAUCGUUAUAUCCAAACUACCCGCGGAAUUCACUAUUAUCUUUUAAUUAAAGAACUUCCUCCUAGCUCUAUUCUUGCUGAUCAUCAAGGACAAAGAAUUGGUGAAUUGCAUUCUUUAGGAAAACAAGUAGUCGGGAUUGGCAGUGUUCAUCAGUCCGGAAUAAGAUAUUCUUUAAAAGGUAAAAAUAAUAGUCCUUGGUUUAUUAAACUGGAAACUUUAAAAGACUUAGAUAAUUUUUUAGCCGAGAGAAAUAUUUUUAUAAAACAUGUCAGAAAAACUGAUAUUCGCAUGGAAAUCGAUGCUGAUUUAAAAAGCAAAGGUUGGAGGUUAGUAGGAAAAAGCAAGAAUGUUUUUGCCAAAAGAACGGGUCAAAAUUUGGAAGAAGCUUUAGAACAAGCCAAAAAUUAUGCUAGAAAAAGAAAUUCUUUAAUUGCUUAUGCG